AUGUUGCCCCCUUUAUUUACAGGUGGUUUCUUUAUAUCGUCCAUUAGCAAAAGUCCUUCCUCCAUAAGUAUAUUUCUUUCCUUCUUUUCUUUCUUUCUUUUUUCUUUCGUUCACUUCUUCUUUUACGUUUUUCUAAUCUUUCAUAUGUUCGUCUUUCUCUUUUCCGUUUACGACAUUCAUCCUUUUUUGAUUCUUUCGUUCUUUCUUUCGAAAUACCAUUCUUUAGUUUAUAUACCAUUUCCUUCUUUUUUUCUUUCUUUCAUCGUAACCUUUCUUUUCUCCCUACUUUUUAUCGUAUUUCUUCCUUUCUUUAGACAUUCUUUUUUCUUUCAUCUUUAUCUCUUUCUUCAUUCUUUCUUUCAUCAUUCUUUCUUUCUUUACUCUUUCUUUCUUUCUUUCAUACGUUAUUCUUUAUUUCUAUCGUCAUUCUUUCUUUCUUUCUUUCUUUCUUUCGUCAUUCUUUCUUUCUAUCGUCAUUCUUUCCACUCUCUUUCUUUCGUCAUUCUUUCUUUCUCUCCUCAUUCUUUCUUUCUUUUUUCCUCUUUCUUUCUUUCUUUCGUCAUUCUUUCUUUCUCUCCUCAUUCUUUCUUUCUUUCCUCUUUCUUUCGUCAUUCUUUCUUUCUAUCGUCAUUCUUUCCACUUUCUUUCAUUCUUUCUUUCUUUCGUCAUUCUUUCUUUCUAUCGUCAUUCUUUCCACUUUCUUUCUUUCUUUCUUUCUUUCUUUCGUCAUUCUUUCUUUCUCUCCUCAUUCUUUCUUUCUUUCUUUCCUCUUUUUUUCGUCAUUCUUUCUUUCUAUCGUCACUCUUUCUUUCAUCUUUUAUAUUUGCAUACAAGAUUGCUGUGCUACGAUAA